AUGGCCAUCACCAAGAUCCACGCUCGUUCCGUCUACGACUCUCGCGGCAACCCUACCGUCGAGGUCGACGUCGUCACUGACACUGGCCUCCACCGCGCCAUUGUCCCAUCUGGAGCUUCCACCGGUCAGCAUGAGGCCACUGAGCUCCGUGACGGAGACAAGACCAAGUGGCUUGGAAAGGGUGUCACCAAGGCCGUCGAGAACGUCAAUUCGGUCAUUGGACCAGCUCUCAUCAAGGAGAACAUCGACGUCAAGGACCAGUCCAAGGUCGACGAGUUCUUGAACAAGCUCGAUGGCAGUGCCAACAAGUCUAAGCUUGGUGCCAACGCCAUUCUCGGUGUCAGCUUGGCCAUUGCUAAGGCCGGUGCUGCCGAGAAGGGUGUCCCACUGUACGCCCACGUCUCCGACCUUGCCGGCACCAAGAAGCCAUACGUUCUUCCUGUGCCCUUCCAGAACGUCCUCAACGGCGGUUCCCACGCCGGCGGUCGUCUUGCUUUCCAGGAGUUCAUGAUCGUCCCAAGUGCCGCUCCAACUUUCUCUGAGGCUCUCCGCCAGGGUUCUGAGGUCUACCACAAGCUCAAGGCUCUUGCCAAGACCAAGUACGGCCAGUCUGCCGGCAACGUCGGUGACGAGGGUGGUGUUGCUCCUGAUAUUCAGACCCCCGAGGAAGCUCUCGACCUCAUCACCGAGGCCAUUGAGCAGGCCGGAUACACCGGCAAUAUCAAGAUCGCUCUUGACGUUGCCUCUAGCGAGUUCUACAAGGCUGAUGCCAAGAAAUACGACCUCGACUUCAAGAACCCCAACUCCGACGAGAGCAAGUGGCUCACCUACGAGCAGCUCGCCGACCUGUACAAGAAACUCGCUGCCAAGUACCCCAUUGUCAGCAUCGAGGAUCCCUUCGCCGAGGACGACUGGGAGGCCUGGAGCUACUUCUUCAAGACCUCUGACUUCCAGAUCGUUGGUGAUGACUUGACUGUCACCAACCCACUCCGCAUCAAGAAGGCCAUCGAGCUCAAGUCCUGCAACGCCCUCCUGCUCAAGGUCAACCAGAUCGGUACCCUGACCGAGUCCAUCCAGGCCGCUAAGGACUCCUACGCUGCCGACUGGGGUGUCAUGGUCUCCCACCGUUCUGGCGAGACUGAGGACGUCACCAUCGCUGACAUCGUCGUCGGCCUGCGCUCCGGCCAGAUCAAGACUGGUGCCCCAGCCCGCUCCGAGCGUCUCGCUAAGCUCAACCAGAUCCUCAGAAUCGAGGAGGAGCUCGGUGACAACGCCGUCUAUGCCGGCGAGAAGUUCCGCUCUGCCAUCAACAUCUAA